AUGGCAUUCAACGUGAGAAACACCAAUCAGCAAUGGCUGACUAGAGAGCUUUCCGGCGAAGGGAUGCGGUUCGGGGUGGUAAAGAAACACAACAUCCGGAUCCCGCUGAAGGACGGCAACUACAUCCAUGCGCACGCAUGGUUUCCGGACGCGGCGGUGGAGAAGCCAAGCAAGAGUUUUGGCACGUUGGUCGAGUACAUUCCGUACCGGACAGACGUGACCAUCAUCCGGGACUCGAUCAGACACCCCUACUACGCGGCGCAGGGGUUUGUGUCGAUGCGGGUGGACAUGCGUGGGGCCUGCAACUCCAGCGGGGUGCUCACGGACGAGUACCUGAAGCAGGAGCAGGACGACGCUCUGGAGGUGUUUGACUGGAUCGUGGACCAGGCGUGGUCCAACGGCAACAUCGGCAUGUUUGGGAAGUCGUGGGGCGGGUUCAACGGCCUCCAGGUGGCCGCGAGACAGCACCCGGCGCUGAAGACGAUUGUCACGCUCAUGUCCACGGACGACCGGUACUCGGACGACGUCCACUACCGCGGCGGAUGUCUGCUUGCCAGCGACAUGGUGUGGUGGGGCUCCACCAUGGCCACGUACCAGCCGAGACCGCAGGACCCGCGUGUUGUUGGAGACGGCUGGAAGCAAAACUGGCUGGAGCGCCUGGACGUGGAGCCGAUGCUCACCAGGUGGAUCCAGCACCAGACCAGAGACGAGUACUGGAAACACGGCUCGGUCUGUGAGGACUGGAGCAAGCUGCAGAUCCCCGUGCUUGCCGUUGGCGGCUUCCGUGACGGCUACACGAACCCCGUGUUCAGAAUGGCCGACCACCUCGUCAACCCGGACUCGUCCUGCAUCGUCGGGCCAUGGGUCCACGAGUACCCGGAGAUGGCCGAACCUUCUCCGAAAAUCGGGUACCAACAGCUCUCGUGCAAGUGGUUUGCCAAAUGGCUAUAUCCCGAGACCAAGUCCACUUUCAAGCUGCCCCGACUGACGGCAUAUGUGCAGGACCCAUCCACUAUUGACGACUCCUAUGUUUACAGAGAGGGCUUCUGGGCGUCUUCUGAUUCCCCGCAGAAGAAGACAUACCAGUCCUUUUUCUUGGAUGCGAACCAGCUGACGUUGAAGGUGCAGGAAAUUCCAGAAACACCCGAGCCUGCCGCAGUGAAGUUCGGCGGCAUGCUCUCCCAUGGUAUGUUCAGAGGUACAUACUGUCCGUUCGGAUUCAAGGGCGAUUUUCCAGGCGACCAGAAGUACGAGGAUUCUAAGUGCUUGUGUUUUGAUUCCGACGUUUUCACCGCCGACUUCGAACUCGUCGGUCUUCCUUCCAUUGAACUCGAGCUUUCUUCCGACAAGGAGCUUGCCAACAUCUCCGUCCGUCUGGUCGACCUAUACCCGGAUGAUGGUGAGCACAUCUUGAUAUCCUGGGGUCAAUUGAAUCUCACGCAUAAGGAUUCUCACGAAUUUCCACAACUACUCAAAGUGGGGGAGAAGUUCAGAGCCAAGGUUGACCUUGAUGCCGUUGGUAUCAAACUUGCCAAAGGUCACAGAUUGCGCGUCGCCUUAUCUACAUGUGACUGGCCUCAGGCUUGGCCUUCGCCAGAAACUCCAACACUGACAUUGUAUUCCGGAAAACUAAACUUGCCCCUGUUUGACCACUCAAAUUCGGUACCGGCUCCUAAUUUCGAUGCGCCAACCAUAAUGAAACCGACCUUAGAAUUGGAGCAAGUAAGAGGAUAUGACCGUGCUAAGUCAAUCAAUUAUAAUUAUGCUAAAGAUAUCUGGUCCAUUACAGAUAUUUUAGAUGGAGGCCUUACGAAAAUUAAUAAUAACCAAGAAUUAUCUGGUUUUUACUUUGGUGAGUGCAACAAGAAUUAUUGGGAAGUAGAGAAUAGUAAUCCGUUGUCUGCCCUGAGUAAGAGUUCUUGGGUCUAUGAGCUAGGAAGAGAGGAAGAUAAUUGGAAAAUCAGACUCGAAACUGAAACUACUCUCACGUGUGACAAGAAAAGCUUUUUUCUUGUUGUUGAAAGGAAGGCAUUCGAAAACGAUAAACUAGUUUCAGAAAAAACUUUUUCCGAAACUAUUCCUCGCAGAUUUAUCUAG